UUGGCUCCUGCCGCCGUCUCUGGCUCUCAGUUACAAAGUCCCUGGAACUACAGCCGCGCCGCCCCUGGGUGGCACGCAGAGAGCCAGUCUGGACUUGCAAAACGAGUGAAAUCUUGGCCAGGAAGAUUUUUUUUUUUGCUUGCCGAGCCGCGACGAGGGAAGGACGGAGGAGAGCUCUCGCUUCGCCAGCGACCGGAGGGAGACCGCUCUUCCUUCAUCUUCCUCUUCCUCCUCCUCCGCCUCUCCCCCCUCCCUCCCCAAACACUUCAGCUGCCAAUCAGGCUUAAUAGGGAUAUAAAACCUGCCCGGAGGGCGAACGAGAGACAGAGAGGGGAACUUGGGGAGGGCCAGCCAGAGGUUACAAAGAGACCGUGCAGGGGUGCGUGGCGUCGAUCCGGAGCGAGCAAGCAGUUUGGCUUCUUCUGCCUUGCCCUUGCGCAAGCCAAAAAAAAAAAGGCCUGGGGGUGGCGGCGCAGAAAUCUGCAGCUCUGGAUGUAUAGAAAGGGGAGGGACCCAGGCAGGCUGCCUUGAACCCCUCAAACCCCCACCACAAAAAAAGAGCCUUCCUUUCUCCCAAGCAAUUUCCUGGAGUUUCCAGAAAUAGACAGGACAGGAGGCUGGCUGGCGCAGGCGGCCGGCUUCCCAACCCGCCGUCGCCCGCAGGAGCGAUCCAGCGUCUGCCUGCCUUGGAGAAGGAGAACGAGGAGCAGCCGCCGAGGGGAAGGGCAGGAUCGAGAGCCCCUCUGAAGGGACCCCCCCACCCCCACCCUCUUUGCAAAAAGAGACCGCAUUCGUCUCUUCCAGCGAGCCUGGAAAUUUACUUUUUUAUAUAUAAAAAGAAACCUCAGUGCGCUUUGUUUUUUCUGCCUUUGGCAGCCUCCGGAGCUAAAGCUUGCCACCCACUAUAUAUUUCCAAUUUAUUUAUUUAUUUUUUUAAAAAAAGGCCCUGCACGCGCUGUUGCGCCAAGCGCGGCGAACCAGGAAGGGAGACGGCGCCCGCGGGAGCGCCUCCUGCGGAACUUUGCGCAGCUUUGCGCGAGUCAACUUUUUUUCUUGGUGGGUGUUUGGAGAAGCUUGGCGUGCCUCCUGCCCCGCUCUUUAGGGGAGACAUCCCAAAAACCCCACUUUUUUUUUUUAAAACACAAGGAGAGGCAGAGGGAUCCCGGGCUGCGCUGGGUCUCCUUUUGCGCAGGGCGCUGAUCUGGAGGAACGCCAAGCAUGGUUUGGAAAUGGCCGGGCGCGGUGCUGCUGUUUGUGAUCCAGCUGCUGGCGCUGGUGGUGAAGGCGGUCGUGUGCUCGGUGCUGCCCACCAGGCUGCGGGAUUUGUCCGGCGACAGCGUGCUGAUCACCGGCGGAGGCCGAGGCAUUGGGCGCUUCUUGGCCCGCGAGUUCGCCAAACGCGGAGCCCGAAAGGUUAUCCUGUGGGGCCGAACUGAGAAGUGUCUGAAGGGGACCACAGAAGAGAUCCGGGCGAUGGGGACCGAGUGCCAUUACUUCAUCUGCGACGUGGGGAAUCGAGAGGAGGUCUACAGGCAGGCCAAAGCGGUCCGAGAAAAGGUGGGAGAUAUUACUAUCUUGGUGAACAAUGCCGCCGUGGUUCACGGCAGGUGCCUGAUGGACAGCGAUGAUGAUGCCUUGUUGAAAUCGCAGCACAUCAACACGCUGGGACAAUUCUGGACCACAAAGGCCUUCCUGCCGCGGAUGUUGGAGCUGCAAAAAGGACACAUUGUUUGCCUCAAUUCUGUCUUGGCUUUAUCCGCCAUUCCAGGAGCGAUCGAUUAUUGCACUUCCAAAGCUUCAUCCUUUGCCUUCAUGGAGAGUUUGACACUGGGGCUGCUGGACUGCCCCGGGGUGAAUGCCACCACCGUCCUGCCCUUCCACACCAGCACUGAGAUGUUUCAAGGCAUGCGGAUCAGGUUCCCAAACCUCUUCCCUCCACUAAAACCUGAGACGGUUGCCCAAAGGACAGUGGAAGCUGUUCAGCAGAACCAAGCAUUCCUCCUCCUUCCCUGGACGAUGCACAUCCUUGUCAUCUUGAAAAGCAUCCUCCCGCAAGCGGCGCUGGAAGAAAUCCACAAAUUCUCCGGCAGCUACACCUGCAUGAACACUUUCAAGGGGCGCACCUAGGCUGCCUGUCGCACUCUUCUUUCUCGCACAUGUACUCUGAACAGGCGGAAACCUGGUGAGAGUGCCCGCGGGCUGGUGGCAGCCCUGGGCUUGACCUCGCUUGCCGUGGUGGCAGGGGUGAGCGCCACGGGGAAGCGGCCCGUUUUGCAAAAGGCUGGAAGGCCUCUCUGACUUCUGACAAGGAGGAAAAACCCGGAGACGUUGGGGGCUAAUACUUUACCCAUCAAGCUAUUUCUCUUUUCAACGUAAUUUUUAGGAGUUUCCAAGGCCAGCUAUUCUGAAGCUGGCAUCUCCUGCUGGUGACCACCCAGUACACCUCUCUGCCUGCUAACCAGGGACUGCCAGUAAACUGGGCGAGGCGGAGUCAUCCCCAUCGUUUAUUUCCUCCCCUUUCCUUCUGAAUACGUAAAGAUUUUAAUGUUGAGCACCAUUGAGCAGCGGUUGAUGCUAGCCUUUGCUUUUUGUUCCUUGCCUUUGGAAAAGGGUGCCUCUUUUUCUCUACUUUUCUAGCCAGGAAAUCCGUAGGGAAUCUACAUUUCAUUUAAUAUAUAAAUAGGUUUGGCUUCAAAUCCCAUAAUUCUCCUUUCUGGGAGUCCCGCUUGCAGAAGGCAGGCUUUUACAGACACCUAAGUUGUGUUGACGUGGAGAGAAGGCUGAGCUGGCGGGCUUCAAGCAUGGGCUAAGCCCAACUUUCUUUCUGAUCAAGAAAGCCGCCCAGUGGCUGCUGGCAAGCUUCCUUUUCAAACUGGAAGUUAGGCCCGUCUAAGCUACAAAGACUGCCGUCAGGGACUUCUUUCUAGGUGAGCACAAUGAAUGUGCCCGUCACGCCUGGGUUAUGGGAUUUGUAGUUCCAGAAAAUUUGAAAUGCACCUCCCUGAAAAUCAUGGUUGUGGGGAGAAAAUAUAGGAUGUUCUUUUUGUGGGAGACAGUUUUCACAAAGCAGGGUCUGCACUCAACUUGAGGGAAGCCCAACAGCCUUUGUUGCUUCCGUUGUAAGGGGGUUAUUUGUAAAGGAUUGGAGGGUGGAGGCUGAUGACACCCAGUUUUUUCAGGCCAUUGACUCCGAACUUCAAAGGAGCUCUCCAGAGUGCUGAAGAAAUUUGAGUGAUGGGAUUCUGCACCCUGGAGACCUCUUGUAAAGUUCGGCCUAAACCUGGAGCAGAUUCCUCAAUCCUAUAAAACUGGCAUCCUUGGGAUCAGGUACAGAUCGCCUUUAAAGUAGCCCCAUUGAAACCAGGGAGCCCUUAGCAUCGAUUCCAAUCCAUAGCUUUGGAGAGGAGAAUAUUUCUUACUCUUCUUGCUCUGUUCGGACACUGUGGAAUGGCUUCCCUUCCUGAUCAUAUAAGAAGGUUCCCUUCCGUUCUAUAUCAUCUCAAACACUAGAUGGGCAUCUCUCUCUGGAUUUUCACGAGUUCUGCGUAAUGCUCACGGUAGCCCUUUGGCCUUGCCACAAGGUGACCCAGGAUCUAUUUCAGCAGAACACACACACAUAUCUUGGGUAUUGGGAGCCACAAAGGACUUGGAUGUAACGAGCAUCCUUUACUCACGAGGAGCCUGUUCUAGACCGAGAGGGCCACAUUAAGCAAAACCAUGGUGUUUUUGAACCCAAAGGUCUUCUAGACAGGUUGUUCAUGCUGUUCUCUAGGAAAGACAGAGUAACGUCAUUUUGGGAGAAAAUUCUGAAUUCUUUACAUUCGCCUGUACAAUGUUUCAGGAGUCUUCUCGCAAUCUUUUGGCUACCAUCUUCCUCAUUCUGAAUGAGCACAAAAACCAGUUCAAUAUAUUUAAAAUGUUUGUCAAAACUG